UUAUUAUUAUUAUUACUAUCAUGUUCAUGGAUUCUCAAGUGUUGCUAGGUGUUGCACUUUCAUCUGUGGGUGGUUUCAGCACUUCCAUCGGUGCACUUUUCGUAAUCCUUAGUAAAGCUCCAAGUUUGAAGGUGCUUGGACUGUUGCAGGGUUUUGCUGCUGGUUUGAUGCUGAGUAUAUCAUUCUUUGAUCUCACUCAUAAUGCCUUGAACUCACUUGGCUUCCUAAGAGGGAACCUUUGGUUCUUUGCUGGUGUCAUAUUCUUUGCUGUUGUUGCCAAAUUCAUACCAGAACCAGAACCUGCUCCUCCCAUUUCAAAUGAGAAGCGCACGAAGAAACAUGAAGGAGACAAAGGCAUUAUGAAAAGGCGUCGCCGUCAAGUUUUACUCAGUGGUGUUAUCACAGCCAUAGGUAUAAGUCUGCAUAAUUUUCCAGAAGGAAUGGCAGUAUACCUUGGAUCCAUGAAGGGAGUUCGUGUUGGUCUUAACCUUGCCCUGGCCAUUGCACUGCACAACAUCCCAGAGGGUGUUGCUGUUGCACUUCCCGUGUAUUUUGCGACAGAAAGUAAAUGGGAGGCAUUCAAAUUGGCAUCACUAUCCGGCUUUGCUGAGCCACUGGGUGUGGUAAUUGUAGCCUGUUUAUUCCCUACCAGCCUAAAUCCUGAGAUUCUUGAGGGUAUUCUUGGAGCAGUUGGUGGAGUCAUGGCUUUUCUAACCCUUCACGAAAUGAUACCACUGGCUUUUGAGUAUGCAGGACAAAAACAAUCUGUUAAGGCCGUCUUUUGUGGCAUGGCUUUCAUGUCUGCAAGCUUGUAUUUUCUACGUAUGAGCUUACCAGAGGACAUGUAACUGGGAACAAUCUCUUUCUUUUCUUAAUGAGUUGCAUUUCAGAGUAUCAUUAUUCACUGUCUUCUUGCUGCUGUAAUCAGCAAGAUGGCUUCUGAGACGAGACUCGAAAAUUUCCAGUAACAUUAAUGUAGAGCAGGAAGAUAUAGCAGUUGAACAUGAAGCAGGUAGGAGCCAUUCAUCUGUAAUGAUGGUUCCCCUCUAUAGAUAUAUGUACAAACAAAAGCAACUUGCAAUUAAUGUUCUUCUGUUAUCUUAACUGGUGUUCUUUAUUUA